CCGCUCCGCGCCCGCAGCCUCCGGACCCGCAGCCAUGGCCGACAUCAAGACCGGCAUCUUCGCCAAGAACGUCCAGAAGCGACUCAACCGCGCGCAGGAAAAGGUCCUUCAGAAGCUUGGGAAAGCUGAUGAGACAAAAGAUGAACAGUUUGAAGAGUAUGUCCAGAACUUCAAACGGCAAGAAGCAGAGGGUACCCGACUUCAGCGAGAACUCCGAGGGUAUUUAGCAGCUAUCAAAGGUAUGCAGGAGGCCUCAAUGAAGCUCACCGAGUCACUGCAUGAAGUGUAUGAACCCGACUGGUAUGGACGGGAAGAUGUGAAAAUGGUCGGUGAGAAAUGUGAUGUACUAUGGGAAGACUUCCAUCAAAAACUAGUAGAUGGAUCAUUGUUGACACUGGAUACCUAUCUUGGCCAAUUUCCUGACAUAAAGAAUCGCAUUGCAAAGCGCAGCAGGAAACUGGUGGACUAUGACAGUGCCCGUCACCAUCUGGAAGCUUUGCAGAGCUCCAAGAGAAAGGACGAGAGUCGGAUCUCUAAGGCAGAAGAGGAAUUUCAAAAAGCACAGAAAGUGUUUGAAGAGUUUAAUGUUGAUUUACAAGAAGAGUUACCAUCGUUAUGGUCACGACGAGUUGGAUUUUAUGUCAAUACUUUCAAAAAUGUCUCUAGCCUUGAGGCCAAAUUUCAUAAGGAAAUUGCAGUGCUUUGCCACAAGCUGUUUGAAGUGAUGACAAAACUGGGUGACCAGCAUGCUGACAAGGCCUUCACCAUUCAAGGAGCUCCCAGUGAUUCAGGUCCCCUCCGCAUGGCAAAGACACCAUCACCACCCGAGGAAGCGUCGCCCAUCCCAAGCCCGACAGCUAGUCCCAACCAUACGCUGGCACCUGCAUCCCCCGCACCAGUGCGGCCUAGGUCACCCUCACAGACAAGGAAAGGGCCACCUGUUCCGCCUCUGCCUAAGGUCACCCCAACAAAGGAACUAAAGCAGGAGAACAUCAUCAAUUUCUUUGAGGACAACUUUGUUCCAGAAAUCAGUGUGACGACACCUUCUCAGAAUGAAGUCCCUGAGGCAAAGAAGGAGGAGACUUUGUUGGAUCUGGACUUUGACCCUUUCAAACCUGAGGUUGCCCCUGUGGGUUCUGCUGGAGUGACCCACUCACCCAUGUCUCAGACAUUGCCCUGGGACCUGUGGACGACAAGCACUGAUUUGGUACAGCCGGCUUCUGGUGGCUCAUUUAAUGAAUUCACCCAGCCCCAGGACACUUCAUUAUUCACUAUGCAGACAGACCAAAUCAGCAAUGUGGCUGAAUCUGAACAGGCUGCACCCUCAGAGCCGAAAUUGGAGGAGCCCCCUGCCGCUGCCACACCUGCUGCUGGGCUGGACCUUGGACUGGACACCGAGGCCGAGGCGCCAGCGGAGGGGGCAGUGGUCACACCUGGAACUGAAGCUGAUGUGGCUGCUGGAACCUUGGUGUCAGCAGCUGAAGGGGCUCCAGUGGAGGAAGCUGAACCAGAGCAGGCAGCACUUCCUGCCGGGGAAGGAGCAAGUGCAGAGGAGGCGAAGGUGGAUACUGAAACCACAGAGGUUGUAGACAGUGACCGACCUCAGCCAGAAGAAGACACAGAAGCAGUAGCACCACAGGAGAAGGUCAUCCCUUCUGUCGUCAUAGAGCCUGCCUCCAACCACGAAGGGGAGGGAGAACAUGAAGUCACCAUAGGUGCAGCGUCCAAGGAAGUGACCGAUGACACCACUCUUCCCAGCGAGAUGCCAGAGCCGGCCUCUGAGCAGAAGGCGGGUGAGGCCCCCCAGCCGGCGCCCUCUGCGCAGUCUGCAAGCGAGGCUUCUCAGGAGAUGCCUCCUGGCUUUCUCUACAAGGUGGAAACACUGCAUGAUUUCGAGGCAGCAAAUUCUGAUGAACUUACCUUACAAAGGGGUGACAUAGUGUUGGUGGUUCCCUCGGAUUCAGAAGCUGACCAGGAUGCAGGCUGGCUGGUGGGAGUGAAAGAGUCAGACUGGCUUCAGCACAAAGACCUUGCCACCUACAAAGGCCUCUUUCCAGAGAACUUCACCCGGCGCCUGGAUUAGACCCAAAAGUAUUGUAGACAGAGCCUGGUUACUGGGUUUUUAAACCUUCACGAGAACCUGUGGAGUUCACUUUUGCUAUUACACUCUUAAUGAUUUACAGGCUGAUGUCAGACAGUGUGGAAAGACAUAUCAGUGGAGCAUGUGUGCAAAACUAUGUAAGAGAAAAAAGUAAGUUAAGGAAAAAGUCCUCUCUGGUUCCCACCUUAUGGAUAACAGGUUUGUUUGUGCUUUGUCCAAGCUGUGGAGACUCUUGUUCUUGAUCCCCUCCCACCAAUUCUAAAGUAGUUUUCUCCAAACCAGAACCAUAAUUCCUCUGCAUCAAGUGUGUGGUAUUGAGUGACUGCCCUGCAGAAGACGUGAUGAAUUAUCCUGUAGUAUGAGAUUAUGAGGUUAUUUUAUUCUCCUGCGCAGGUGUGAGCACGUGCUCUCUCUCCCUUUCAAGUUUACUGUGUUUAAAAACGAAAUUGCUGCAAAUGUUUUCAAUGUUCUUUUCCAACACACCUCUAUAUAUAUGGACACACAGUCACACAUGCUAGUUCCCAUCAUUCCUGGACCUAUGUGUAUGCACCAAACUACAUAUACAUAGUUGCUUCCUUUCUUUCCAUUGUAGCUCUUUGCCUCUGGAGUGUCAUCGGUACAUGCAUUGCUCUUAUUCUGUCUGGCAUUCCAGUUGCAGUUUUGCCUCAGGGCAAAACCAGCCAUCCCAUUGCCAAAACAGUCAACAGUAUCUGUGUUCAUAAUGUGCAUUUUUCAGGAUGCAAUGACAAACAGAAUGUCAGAGCGGCUGUCCCUUUGGGGGAAGCAGUGCCUGAGCAUCUCGCUGUCUGGCUCCUGGAACUGGAGGUCUGCUCCUUGGGACCAGCAGCUGAGUAGUCUUCACUUCUGCCUUUGUGAGAUUGGCUAGAUGAUGGGGCAUAUAAAUCCACCCAAAAGAACACUAUAAAAAGGCUCCUAUAUAUUUCCAUCUCUCUAUAUUUAUGCAGUUCAUCUUCACAGAUAGUCCUGACAUAAAAUAGAUGAUGUAUGCUGUAUCCACAAGUCAUCUGUAACAAUUAUGUUUUCAGUGCUGUGUCAUUCCAAAUAAACCUUUGGUAAU